AUGCCGCCGCUGUUCACCUCCACCUCCCUCACAACCCUCCUGCGCUCAGUCGCCGGUGCAGCAAAACGCAUCCAGCCACACGCCAUGGCCCGCGCACCCCACCGUACCAUCACCCACAUCAACAAGGCCCGCAACGCUGUCCACAAGCUCGCCCACCAGACUUUUCCCAGCCUCGCCACACCCUCCCACCAGCUAUACCAGCCCACAACCAUCCGCGCUGGCGCAAGGUUUGCUUCUACCCAGGGCCCCUCUGUCGCUAAAUCGGCUCGUCCAUUCGGUGCGGUCGGUCGAGGUCUCCAGGCCGGCAAACGUCCUCACUGGGGCCACGGCAGGUUUAUCCCCUCCAAUGUAGGGCUUGGGACAGCUCGAGGCUUUGCUUCCGGCCCCGCCAGUGGCAUCCACGCUCAAGUCCCCAUGGGCCUGAGAGCCUUUGCGAGCCUGUUGGACGACGACUGUAAAGUCAACAAGACCCUUCCCCGGGCUAGCCGAUACUCUCCCUACACUCGCAAGGCCGGGCGUCACACCCGAAAGACGUGCAAGUCGAUCGACUCUUCUUUCAUUGCCGACUUGCACCACUACUUUCCUCUCAUCACCGUCUCUGUCGAGGAGAGCGAGAUUCCUCUUCCUCCGACUCCCGAGACCUUGACCACUGCCGACAAGACCACCGUCCUCUCCCUCCCCCUCUCUCCUUCCCUCGAAGCCUUGCUCCACCCCACUUCAGAGCUCACCUACUCUGAGACGUCGGUCGGGGUGCACAUCCUCGCGCGACUCACCACCGGCAUCCUACCGAUCCACUCUGCCUUCUCCCUCCAUUCUUCCACCCGCAUUCUCCCUUUGCUCAACAAGCUCGAAAGCCUCGGCGUGCUCGAAUUCCACCCCGGCUCGCCUCUCGUCCAUGCCGAAGUUUUGCGCGAUGCCGAUGGCCAGCCAGACAUUCUUCGUUUGGUAUUCCAAGACCGAAGUGUCGGGGACGUGCGCGAGCUGUUGGGGGAGAGUCUGCGAAAGCACGAGGAGGGCGAAUGGUGGGCGCUUUGGGAGGAGAGGAAGGAAGUGGUAGAGUUGAGUCAGGGGGAGCGGAAGGAGAUGAUGGAGCAGUGGAGCGAGCAGAGCGAAGAGAGAGAGGUCGAUGAGCUCGUCAUGCCCACACUCGACGUGUCUGCCCUCGAAAACCCGACCUCACCUUCUUCUGACGGUAUCUCUACACCCUUGUCGGGCGACCUUUCUGUCACUUCCUCCCUCUUCUCCCACCUGGGCGAUUCAGAGGACUGGUCCAUUCCCCCGUCUUCGGUCGAAGGGUCGGAAGUAGAGUCUGCGUAUGCUGGGAGUGAUAGCUGGGGAAGUGUCAACAUUAGUGUAGUAGGGAGUGAGAGUGAGAGUAGUGAGGAGGGAGGUGUUUCUGUUUGGUGGGCUGGUGCGGGGGAAGGUUUUGGUUUUGUAGCUCAGCCGUGGUAG